AUGGAGAAGAUACCUUGUGAUGAAAAUAACUGCUCAUAUUUAGAAUAUCUCAAUUGCCAUAUUAGUGGUAAUACUUUUGAGUUGAAGUCGUCAACUUCAUCAAUGGUUUGUUCACUUUUGGACAAACUCUGUAAAUCUAAAGCAACUGACCUAGAUAAAAUAUCUGCUAAGCUUCUUCGCUACUGUCCUGACCUACUGUCGGAAUCCCUUACCGUAAUUUUCAACUGCUCUAUUAAUACCGGUAUCUUUCCUGAUGAAUGGAAAUGCUCAAAAGUCAUUCCAUUAUUUAAACACGGUGAGCGUAGGGACUUGAACAAUUAUCGCCCAAUUUCGAUAAUCCCUGUUGUAGCGAAGGUUUUCGAGCGAAUUAUUUAUGAUCAAAUCUACGUCUGGGCAUACAACAUUGACCAAGGCCGAGUUAAUGCUGUAGUUUUCCUAGAUCUUAAGAAAGCGUUUGACACGGUUAACCAAGGAAUCUUACUAUCAAAACUGAAUGCGUAUGGUCUUGGGGGUGCUGUGG